UGCGGAAAAAGAAAACGCCAAAACAAGUGGCGAUAAUCUCUCUCUCUCUAAAAUCCCUUUUUUGUGUCUCCCGAACCGCUUAAUAUAAACGCAGCGCGGCCGGAAUUCUUCCUUCAAUUCACUGCUCUCUCUCUCUCUCUGUUUCCAUUUCUCCACUCUGCUUCUUCGAUCCUCAUUUCCGUUUGGAAAAUGUCUUCCUUCAAGAGCAAGUACCAGGAUGAGCUCAUUGCCAAUGCUGCCUACAUUGGCACUCCUGGAAAGGGUAUCCUUGCUGCUGAUGAGUCAACUGGUACCAUUGGCAAACGUUUAGCGAGUAUCAAUGUCGAGAACGUUGAGUCAAAUAGACGUGCUCUUCGAGAACUUCUCUUCCUCACUCCUGGUGCCCUUCAGUAUCUCAGUGGAGUUAUCCUGUUUGAGGAGACUCUCUACCAGAAGACUGCUGCAGGAAAGCCAUUUGUUGAUGUUUUGAAGGAAGGCGGUGUGUUGCCUGGCAUCAAGGUUGACAAGGGUACUGUUGAACUUGCUGGUACUAAUGGUGAAACAACCACCCAGGGUCUUGAUGGCCUUGCCCAGCGCUGCCAAAAGUAUUACGAAGCCGGUGCUAGGUUUGCUAAGUGGCGUGCUGUGCUCAAGAUCGGUCCUACCGAGCCCUCACAAUUGUCUAUCAAUGAAAAUGCUUAUGGAUUGGCUCGAUACGCUGCUAUCUGCCAGGAGAACGGUCUUGUUCCAAUUGUUGAGCCUGAAAUUCUGGUUGAUGGUUCUCACAGCAUUGACAAGUGCGCUGAGGUGACCGAGCGUGUUCUUGCUGCAUGCUACAAGGCCCUCAACGAUCACCACGUCCUCCUUGAAGGAACUCUAUUGAAGCCCAACAUGGUAACCCCUGGAUCCGAGGCUGCCAAGGUUGCUCCAGAAGUGAUCGCCGAGUACACUGUUCGAGCUCUUCAACGCACCGUUCCUGCUGCAGUUCCCGCCAUCGUUUUCUUGUCAGGUGGGCAGAGUGAAGAGGAGGCAACUCUCAACCUGAAUGCCAUGAACAAGCUAAAGGGUAAGAAGCCAUGGUCUUUGUCUUUCUCCUUUGGCCGUGCCCUUCAGCAGAGUACUCUCAAGGCAUGGGCAGGAAAGGACGACAAUGUCGAGAAGGCCCGAGCUGCUUUCCUAACAAGGUGCAAAGCAAACUCCGAGGCAACACUCGGAACUUACAAGGGCGAUGCCGUGAUCGGUGAGGGCGCAGCUGAGAGUCUUCAUGAGAAGGAUUACAAGUACUAAAAAUUGUUGUUCCGUGCUGCUUCGGUGUAGUAUGUUGAGCAUCUUGAGAUGUGUUUUAUGAAUGUUUAGGUACAACAAAUAAGCCCUUUGAAGGUUAGCUUUUUGCUGUGAUUGUUGAGUGUGCUGGUUUUCUGUUUCAGUUGUAAAAGAAAAGAAGGAAAAACAGGGAUUUAUCUAUAUCCUUGAAUUGAAAUUUCGGUUUGUUUGUGUUCGAA